AAAACUUUUUGUAACAUAUCCGGAAGCAUCAUUGCAACAUUUUUUUUAUAUUUUUCCGUAAUGGCACGUGUUUUGUCAACUGAAAAUCAACUCAGUUCAUAAACACUAAAUUUUCUCUUCAUUGCACAAGAUUUUCAAAUAUAUUGGCUCUUCUUAGCCAAAAUUUCUCAACUAUAUCUCCUGAUUUUUACUGCCAAUUCAUCAAUACUGUGUGAGUCACAACAACAAAUAUAAAAGUUAAAUAAACAACAUCCUUGCAAUUAAAACUGGAAUAUAAUUUCUGGCAUUACAAUUUGCUAUUCUGUACUUUAACCCAACAAUGAGAAGUCUUCAGUCCAGUAACUAGUAGCCUUCAAAAUGGCGGAUGCACGGUGGUAUGACCUGGUGGCCAGUAACUGUAACACUUUUUCGACCUUCAAUUUUCAUUAUAGCCCAUUUUCUAUUAUAUUACAAUGUGGGAUAAGAUGAGUCAGUUGUAUUUUAACUCAACCACAAAUGACGCCAUGCAUUGGCCAGUUCGGUGCGAUUUCCUGCCAAUCUGCCAGCAUUAUCAGCAUGAUGGACUAUAAACCCUGAUGAUGGACCUCUGAAAGUUUGCGAAACUUCUAUCAGACUACACGGCCCAAUAACCUAGAAGACAGACACGUAUGAAUAUUUCUAUAUCGAUACAAGAACGUUCCACUUGGCAGUGAUAUUGCGAUAUGUUAAUUCGUGUUGAACAUAUUCAAUAUAUAUAAUACCUAACACAAUGUUAUGAAUACCCUGGGAGGAAAAACUCCUGCCUAUAACCUUUCCGUCGUGAACGAGUUCGCGUUACCCCACAGUGUACACGUGCAUGUCAGAGCGCUGGAGCAACGAAUUCCCACAGGUGGACAUCACAUUGACCUCUCAAUGAAUGAAUCAGAUAACGCAUCAAAUGUUUAUUAUUUUUAAAUGUUACUAUUUUUUAGUCGCCUUAAACUUAACACCAACAAUUUAAGCUCAACGCCCUAAUACAUUCGGAAACGUAUCUACACAUCUGAUACCGAAGUUAGUGACCAAAAGUAAAAAAUUAAGUUUAAUCAUAAAGUAACGCAGUCCAUUCAGCAAUGCAUCUAAGGAUUUUCCUCUUGUUAGAUGCAAUGGAACGGUUUGUCUCCUGUCGAUCUGUAUGCCACACUAGAAUCGAGAAAUGUGUCUCUAAACUCUAGUGUUCGACAAUGAAAAUUCAUAAUAUCUGGUUCCAUUGUUGCCACCACAGCGUCUAUAAACGGUCCUAUAUUAAGGAACUACAAUCUAUAGGAACUCCUUAAAAUCGACUUGUUUUAGACUAUUAAGCUAGUAACAAUGGUCGAAAGGCAACCAUUUCCGAUUAAUCGAUACUACUUAGCUAGGGUACUUUAAUUGCAUAUUACGAAUUUCAUAUGUGAAAAUCGGCAUUUAUCUGCGCACAUGCAUGUCUGGAACUCAGAUCACCGUUAGGACAGACGACACAUCCAAUUCGCAUUUGUAACACGGGAUCCAAAACAUUCCAACCACGCGUAAUAUUCGCGGCAUCAUUUCCGGAUACAAUAACGAAAAAAAACAAAACAAAGGAAAUUCGCCAUUACAUUCGUCAUGGAUGACCGAAACUUCGACCUCAUAUUCUGCCGACCCAAUAAUGAAUAAUGUCUUAAAACAUGAUUUAAAAUUUGGAUUAUUUUUUCAAUUCUUUAUUAAUGAUUUCAACACUUUUAUUUUCCCAUUCGCAACUAAUUUUAUACAGAUAUUUUCUUAUAUUUCUUAAUUCUACAAUAACAUUGUAAAAGGGCGUCUUUUUUCACAAGUGCAACGAGAGUCCAUUGUCGUUCGCUUCCUGGCAUCUACUUUCCCAAAACGAUCGAUAAUAUUUCGUCUGGCAAACCAUUUCCGUGACACAGAAACUCAUCGGGUUUUAUCAAAGACGCGGUAAAGAGUUUACGCAUGCGUCGCUGAACACGGUGGACAUUUCCAGAACUAGAUAUGACACUGCCUUUUGUUUUCAACGUAAUGUAUAUUUUGACGAAGAAAACGUGUGUCAGAAAUUAUUUGCGUGACUUUUUGAACACCCUGUAUGUACUUAAAAUUGCAAAUAUGAAGCAAACUACAUAGUUUCAUGAUUAAAAUAUGCUCCGGAAACUCAUUUGACAAAACGGUCUUAAGAUAUACAGAAAAUGGUUUAGCCUGUGAAGCCCGCGAAAGGUGUUCUAGAAAACACGAAAUUCGUGGACAGAGUCUAAACGAACAAAAGAGUAUCGGAGGAAACAUGAAUCUCCUGAAUCGAUGAAAUGUAUAAUAUGAAAAUUAACCCAUGUCGAUGCAGAUUAACUGUUCUAUAGCUUUGUUAGUAACAGCGCUGAUAAGAGUCAUACACUGACCCCAGGGAAUCGACCCCCCCACACCGACCAUCUCGUGCUGCUGGCUUCCCUCCGGAAACGUCCAGACAAAAGGCAACAUCCGUGCCAAAAGACAAUCAAGGCCACCUGAGGGGCGAAGAGGGCGGAGAGAUGUUUCGUGUGAUGUUCGAACUUUGGCGCAGAACUAACCGACACUGUAGUGAGGUACGGUGGUGCGUGUGGCCGUGGAACGUGUGUCGACCGCUGAAAAGACCUCGUGGCCGAGCUGUUACUGGACCACUCGAGUAACAUGUCAGCUUGAUUCUUACUGGGACACGAUUCAAAAUGAAAAGGAAACAUUACUUUCCCAGCAUGGUGCAAGCAAUCACAGUUCUCACUGUACUGAAAAUGUUGACCAAUGCUCAGACGACAUGUAACCAAGGAAUUGGCAAAGUUGUUUAUGAACGUUUGCCCGAUCAGCAGUUACAGGGCUUUGACGAUGAUGUGGUCAGAGAUACGUCGCCUCCAUUCCGGGUAUUAGAGAAAUGCCAGGAUCUAUGCCUUCGCGAUAGAACGGCAACCAACAACCUCGUCAGAACCUGCACGUCAUUCGACUUCCAACCUGGCAGCCGUAUUGCAUCAUUUAGCGGCGCGGCAGAAUACGAAGAGUCGACGUGCUAUCUCACACAUGAGCAGGCACAUCCUGAAGGGAUUGGAAAUCUUGUGCUAGUCCCGAAUAGCGUACACUUCACCGAGGUCUGCCUAUCAUCAAGUCGUGUGGAAAGAGAGUGUCCUAAUCGACGCUACGUGUUUGAACGUCACCCAAGAAAGAAACUUAAGCUUCCUGUAAUGGAUCUGAAGCAAGUUACUGCAACAAAUCGCAGUGAUUGUGAAGACAGAUGUUUGAACGAGUUCAGUUUUGUGUGUCGUUCUGCUUCUUAUGAUGCAGCAGCGCAUACGUGUUCACUAAGUCGCUUCACUCGACGCACACAUCCCGAGCUCCUAGAUGAUGACCCAAAUUGUGACUACUUGGAAAACACUUGUCUGAACGCGGAAAGACGAUGUGAUGGUCUUGCGGUGUUUGUCAAGGAAGAGAAUAAAAGGCUCGGAGGACCAUUUGAAGUGGACUUGUACAACAAUAAAACAUUAGAAGAUUGCCAAGCUCAGUGUCUUCAAGCUGAGAAGUACUUCUGUCGAUCAAUUGAAUAUGAUGAGCAAACUCGUUUAUGUAUUUUAUCUGAGGAAGACUCAGUGUCUCAAAAGGAUGACUUACGCACAAGCAGUAGCUCUACACAUCACUUGUAUGACCUAGUGUGCUUGGAUAAUCCACAAGGCAGUGAAUUCCCUGACAACUCUAUAACAUCCCACUUAUUUGCCGAUGGCCGACGUCCAGACACAGCCUUCCAACGUUACCGUAACAGCCGUCUGGGAGGAGAAUUUCAUUCAGAAAUCACCGGACGUACAUUGAGUGAAUGUUUAGAUGAAUGUCUACGUCAAGCAAGUUUCCAGUGUCGCUCAGCUGUGUACAGUGAUCGUUUUCGCACAUGUCGACUAAGUCGUUACAAUCAGCGCGACGGUUUCCGUAUCAUCUAUGAUGCAGAUUAUGAUUAUUAUGAAAACCUAAUGACUCGCUAUGUAGAUGGGGAAGGAACAAAUUAUCGUCCCGACCAUUUGGGGCAAGAUUCCAAUCAUCAAGGUCAUGGUCAUGAGCGGCCUUCACACAGUAGCUUAGGUGGAGGAAGUGGUAGUUAUGGUGCCAGCAGCAGCUAUGGAGGAAGUGGUGGCUAUGGUGGGGCUGGAGGUGGGGGGUGGACAUAUGGACCUGGAGGGGGUGGACACCCAGGAGGCAGCAGCUAUGGGUCAUAUGGUGGGAGUGCCUAUGGUGGUCAUGGUGGGGGAGGGUAUGGAGGAGGAGGAGGAGGGUAUGGAGGAGGAGGAGGAGGAUAUGGAGGAGGAGGAGGAGGAUAUGGAGGAAGCAGUGGCCAUGGCACAUACGGUGGAUCUGGAUAUGGGAGUAGUGCAGGAGGCGCGCAUGGAGGGGACAGCUUCUACGGAGGAGGAGCAGGGGGACCUAGCAGACCGUUCUCAAGGUGUGAUGAAGGCGACAAUUUUAGGCAGGUGGGUGUCCGUCUCCGGUUGAGACGGCAGUUUGUUCGACGCUUCUCAUCUGUCCCAACAUUGCGGCUUUGUGAGCAAGAGUGUGCAGAUAAUCGGGAGUUUAGUUGUCGUUCCUUCAAUUACAGGGGUUACUCAGUUCCGUAUGGGUCGGAAAGAGAAAAUUGUGAACUGAGUGACCGAGACUCGCAUGACCUGGACAUCAACAAUCCAUCUUACUUUGAGACCACGGGAGAUUACGACUUCUAUGAGAGAUUUGGAGGCCGUAAUACAGGGGAAUGCCUUGAUGUGAGCCAGUCAUGUAACGAAGAUGGUAUGGAGUUUACAUUACGUACUCCAGAAGGUUUCAUUGGGCGGAUUUACACAUAUGGAUACUACGACCGUUGUUUCUUCCGUGGAAAUGGAGGAACGGCAAACGUACUGAGGAUUAGCGGUGCACAAGGUUAUCCUGAAUGUGGCACACAAAGGUACGGAGAUACAAUGACCAACAUUGUAGUGGUGCAGUUCAGCGAUUACGUACAGACUGGAAGAGACAAGCGAUACAAUCUGACAUGUUUGUUCCGAGGACCAGGAGAGGCUGUAGUCACGUCAGAUUACAUUGGUGCAGGAGCUGGAAGUCCUAUACCAAUUGAAUACCUCCCAGCAGAGAAUUCACUGAGUUCGCGGGUCCGCCUGUUGAUCUUGUACCAAGGACGUCCUACUACAACUAUAGCAGUUGGCGACCCACUGACCUUUCGACUUGAGGCCCAAGAUGGUUACAAUUAUGUAACUGAUAUCUUUGCGACCAAUGUCAUCGCAAGAGAUCCGUACUCUGGACGAUCCGUGCAGCUCAUAGAUAGAUAUGGAUGUCCUGUAGACAACUACGUGUUCCCAGGACUUGAUCGCUCAAGAUCUGGGGAUGGUCUGGAGGCCAGGUUUAAUGCCUUCAAAAUACCCGAAUCAAACUUUUUGGUGUUUGAAGCAACAGUACGAACAUGCCGGGAUGGAUGUCAGCCAGCGUACUGCACGGGACACGCAGGCCGUAACGAACCAUCAUACGGAAGGAAGAAGAGAGAUGUUAAUGAAACAGAGCAGAUAGAGGAGCAGAAUGAAGCGAAAAACAGCACAGAGGAUGAGGAACAAGUUCGAGAAAUGAUAGAGGUCUUUGAAUCUCGACAUGAUUUUCUGCAAGAAGAGAAGGUGGAACCUAUCACUGAGACUGUCUGCCUCACACACGCAGAAUAUUAUGGCCUAAUAUCAGCAGUUAUCAUCAUACUGAUUAUGCUGAUUAUAAUCACUGCUUUUGCUGGAAUAUGCUACCGACGAUACUGGUCAGUAGAGACGAAAAAUAAAGCAGCUGACAGCACAGCUCCGUCUCCAGCGUCUGGGCCAUACCCACCCAGCACGAACAACAACUAUUCGUUCCUCAUGCCUGGAGUACGAAAAGCAUUUGAGACAAGUUUCUCUUCAAGCAUUCUAAGAUCACCACGUUGCAUCACAGAACCUCACGAUGGUGACACGUCCAUCGUCUCGACAAUCACAAACGGCCGAACUUUUGACGACCCCAGCGAGCCCAUCUACACAGAUCCAUCCCUGUUUGAGCGGUCCCGCAGCCUCAGAAGCAUUGCCGUGUCUCAAGCAGGUCAACUUCACCAGAAAGUCAACAUCUGAUUCUCUCCAUUUCAGCCCUGACCAGUUUUAAGUACAUAACAGUCUUGUUUUACUGACAUGGGUGUACUUAAUUUGUACCCUGGCAAGUACAAUGAUUGCCAAGAUUUUUAUACAUUAUUUCUACACAGGUCUACAUAAUAACAAAAUUAAAGAAAAAUGUCUUCUGGUGUAAAUCUUGGACUAGUUCCUGUGUGUAAAAUAAAAAUCAGCUUCACUCACGUGGAAACACUGCCUUACAACUCCAAACACUGAUAACCGUUGGUAUAACUUAUUCUCUCUCAGUGUACUUGUGAUCUUUCUUAUAAGGUGCUUAUUUUGGGAAUAAUGUUUUGAGGUUCUAUUCUUUUUUCUGCACUUACACAUCAAAGUUAUUAUUAAUGUGUAUUGUAUAUUGUAGUAACACAUUUUAAAUAUCUCCUGCUCUAGAAUAAAGACAUAUAGUAAUUAGUAAUCCAUUUUAUAAUUGUUAGGAUUUAAGAUAUGUAUGUGCAUUUGUAGGAUACAUGUUGAUAUUAUUAUAUAAUUUAGCAUUGGAAAUCUUUUUAAGUCAACAAUAUAUGUCUGGGUUGAUGACCGUCAAUGUCAACUCUCAGGUAGCAUGUUGAUAUUUAAAACAUUUUCAAUGAUUUACAUUUUAAGUAAAAACAAAUCAUGCCAGCAUGUGUCAUUAGCUAUGAUCAAGAGGUAGCAGGAAUCACAAUGUGCGGUUCAUGUGCAAAAAUUUUAUACUCGACUCCUAUUGGAUGAAUGGAAGAACAGUCCAGCACAACGCAGUUCAUAUUAAUACAUCAAAUAAAAUCAGCUCUCUACUGAACUUGGCUAAGAUGCAUGUGAAAUGAGAGCCAACUUUUCCAGCAAACACAAUUAUUUUUAAUUUAAAACCUAUUUCAAAUUAUUCUUAUAAACACAAUAUCCCUAGUAUUCAUUGUUUAAUAGUCAAUUAAAAAUUAAAAUAUUUCUUGCAAAUAAUCCGUCUAUAUACAAACCAAAUUAACCAUUUUGUCUUAUUAUAUAAACAUAUGCAUUUUGGUCUUUAAUAGAAACACAUACGUGCUUGGUAUAUAAAAGGAUUAUUUCAAUUUAAUACUACACUGUAAGAAAGGAUAUAAGAAAAAAUUGUUCAGGAGGCGAAGAAAUAAGCUUAUAAAUAACAGGGAAAGCAGAAGGAUCAUCAUCUAUGACCAACCACCUGUCAUUUGACAAGGCUCAGUUUACGUUUAGAAUUAUGACAGUCUUCUUCAAAUUACAUAACGUACACAUCCGAAUGCAGAACUUUAAAUAUAUAUAUAUCUUUAAAAUUAAUUAUGUCUAAGUUACAUUUAUGGUCUUUCAACAUCAACUGCUCUGUUCUAGAAGAAAAAAAUAAAUAAACAGAAUUUUACA